AUGGCGACGGCAGGGAGCGGCGCGGAGGACACCCAACGGGUGCUGACCGGUCCGCCACUGACUGAGGCGGAGCUGGCGGGGGCGGAGGUGCCCCUGGCGGCCUACCUCGUCCACAAGCUGACCGCCCACGGGGACCGCCUUCUGCAGGUGGUGGUGGGCCAGGAGUCGCGGGCGGACUGGGUGCUGCGGCAGGCGGCGGCCGAGCUGUCGGCGCUGCAGAAGGCGGUGCCCAGCCUGCGGGAGGGCGACACCGUGGCCGUCUGCGUCGGCAGGUCGGCGCUCUUCGCCCCAGCCCUGCUGGCCACGCUCUGCUCUGGAGCCGUCUGCGCCGUCGUCAACGCGGCACUGCCUCACGAGAGCCUGCAGCGAGUGCUACAGGAGCUGAAGCCAGCAGCCGUGUUGUGCGAGCCACAGGCUACCAAGUCCGUUACAGAUGCCAGGCCGGCUGGCUGCCCACUCCUGGUGUUGGGGACUGCCGAGGCGGUCCCUGAUGCUCAACACCUGCUGAUGAGCAGCGCCCAGGGGCUGCAGCGAGACAACACGGCCCCGGCAGUCGCACUUCUGUCGUCUGGGACCACAGGUCACCCCAAGGUCAUCCGGAUACCUCGCCGCAACUUGGCCCUUGUGAUGCACUUACUAACUCGCAACGAUGCCCCUUUCGGAGCAGUCGACACCCUGUUGUUCACAACCGGGUUCUUCUGGGUAAGUGGGACGAUAUUCACGCUCUGGAGCAUGGACACUGGGAUGAAAUGCGUCGUGACGCCGGAUUUUAGCCCUCAGACUGUACUUGACUACAUCGAGAGAUGCAAGCCCACCGUCAUCUUCAUGCCGCCGAACCAGUGGGUAUCGCUGGCUCGCCAUUCUCCGGAGGGCCGACUGCUCUCGGCGAUGCAGCACGUGCGCAUGUGUGCGGCAGGAGGGGCCGCUCUGAGCGCGGAGACGCAGGCGUGGGUGGAGGCGCGCACGGGCCGCCCGAUGACGCAGUGGUACGGCCAGACGGAGGCCUUCCCGCUGUGCAACGUGCUCCUCAGAGCCCACGCGCCGCCACCUGGCUCCGUGGGUCGAAUCAAUGCCGGGCUGCAAGCCAAGGUACUGGACUUGCAGACCGCAAAGUGUCUGGGUCCAGGGGUGGACGGUGAGCUGUGCUUCAAAGGGCUGGCCGUAAUACCGGAGUUUGUGGACGAGGAGGGCUGGAUCCACACUGGAGACGUGGGCCACUACGACGCUGAUGGCAACUUCUAUGUCGUCGACAGAGUAAAGGAACUCGUCAAAUACCGCGGUGUCCAUGUGUCGCCGUCAGAGAUGGAGGCGUGGCUGCUGGCACACCCGCAGGUGUCUGAGGCGGUGGUGGUGGGCCUGCCACACGACGAGGACCAGGAGCACCCAGCUGCCUUCGUCGUGCUGACCCAGGGUGCCACCGUCACUCCAGAGCAGCUGAAGCAACUGGUCAAAGAGAGAGCGUGCGGCAGCGAGGAGAAGCUGUUGCAUGGGGGCGUCUUCCUGGUGGAGUCCAUCCCUCGCCUCGCCACGGGGAAGGUCAGCAGGGGGCAGCUGCGGCGCGCUCUCCUGGAAAGAACCAUGGGAAAGGUGUAGCCACUCUCCCAGGAACAGCAGCUGCCGUCUUCUGGAGACCGCUGCGGUCCUACAGAACGGCGGAUAUUACACGCAGCACCUUAUACACGUCAGGAGGCUACACCAUCAACUCACUGCAUAUCCUAUCUACAUCGUUGUUAA